UGUUGCAGGACUGAGGACCGGAGGAUGGACAGUAUCGAAGCCACAGAGGAGCAGCACCCUAGUCUAGAAGAGCUGGUGUCCUGGGCGCGGAGCUUUGAGAUGAUGAUGCGUUCGUCCGAGGGGCGGGAGCUGUUCAGUGAGUUCCUGCGUUCCGAGUACAGCGAGGAGAACCUGCUGUUCUGGCUGGCCUGCGAGGAUCUGAAGAAGGAGACCAACCCCACAGCUGUGGAAGAAAAGGCCAGGAUCAUUUAUGAGGACUACGUCUCCAUUCUGUCCCCUAAAGAGGUCAGCCUGGACUCUCGGGUCCGAGAAGGCAUCAACCAGACCCUGGCCGAGCCCAGCAACCUCAUGUACGAGGAGGCUCAGCUUCAGAUCUACACCCUGAUGCACCGCGACUCCUUCCCCCGCUUCCUCAACUCCUCCGUCUACAGAGACCUGCUGGACGGCCGGAGACGCUCCUGCCUGGACACUUAAAGGCACGCCACAGCGACCCUGCCCCCCCCACCCCCCAACCACCCUCCGAGACGACUACUUCUGCUACCGCCCCCCCCCCCCCCCACCCCCCGAGGGAGCCGCCGGAGCCGGGUUUGCUCUCUCCUUUUAUUGAAAAGACAUGGAGAGAGAAAAACGAGAGAGAAAGAGUGGAUGGUGGAAGCAGUGGUCCAGUGUGUGCUGGCCUGUCUGUCUGUCUGGUGGGCUCUGCUGGCCUUCCUCUGUCUGUCUGUAUGACUGUGUGGACCGGGACCAGAACGCCAUCCCCCUCAGGCUACUGGGACAAAGAGAUGGACAAACCCACUACUUCUGUACUGUAUACAGCUCUCCUCCUCUCUCUCUUUCUCUCUUUCUCUAUAUAUCUCUCUGUCUCUCUGCCAUUCUUUCUCAGAUAUCUACACCAUGCCUCAGGCUGAAGUUGUUAGUUUUUUUUUCCAGUAGAGGGUGUGGCUCCUGAGUGACUGAGGCAGUAGGGCUUGACCGUGGGUCAACCAUUUCUAGAACCCCCUGACUGUGCAUGAAACAAGGUUCUAAAUAUUAUCUCUAUCAAGGUUCUCUAUCCCUCUCUCUCUCCCUAAUCUCUCCGUCUCUGAUCUCUUAGCUUGGCGUUUUUUCAACCGCAGACUGAAAAAGGUUCUAGAACAUUGAGAUGUGUCUGACGAUCUUAACGUCUGACCUGGGAGCCUCGUCUCCCUCUAGCGCUGUCCCUCCCAAUGCAGAGUCACACAGAGUGCACUCCACCCUUUUAGCUUGUCCUUGUUUUAUUGAGAAAGUCAAAGGCCAUACAGCAGCGUUGUCCGUCGGUCCGUCCAUCUGUCCGUCCAUCGCAGCACUUUCCUUCUUUACAAUUCUAUGUGUGGGAGAAGUAAGGGCUAGAAUUGUGGUUGGGCAGCUACAUGUUUUAUGAACUUUACUUUCCACGGAGAAAAAUCACAAUGCCUUUUACAGUAUGUACAUGCGAGCAUGGGCAGCAUGGAAGCUGCCAGUGUCUGGAAACGACUUCGCUUUAACCGUGUCCUCCCUCCCUCCCUCCUCCCCCCCGCCUCACCCCACCCUCUCCUUUUUAGACCCUCCCCCUCUGACUCAAGCACAGGUAGGGAGCCACUGCUGGAGAAAAAAACAAAUCUUAACACCAAGACAAUAAAUCAUUAUUAACUCCUUCAAUUUCUAGAUGAAGAGAGUUUCAACAGUUUACUUUGUAGUUUUAUAUUGUAUAUAUAUUAUAAUAUAGAGAUGGUAAUCACAAUGCCUUGUUUUUUAAGGUCAUAUAUGAGAUGAAAGUGUUUAUAAUUAGGAGCGAGUGGUCAGUUACUAGACAGUAGGAGGUUUGACUGUGGUAGCAAGGUUGGAGUGACCCUAGCUGUGGACUGACUACUGGGUCAGUAUCCUGAUGGACCAGCCCAGAGAACCAGCACCUAGGUACAAGCCCAGUACCAGCCCACUGUAGUGAAGGACAAGGAGGUCUGAGACUCCUCUGGUUUACCAGCUGUGGAUGUGUGUGAAAGUGCGUGUACAUAUUUAUGUAUAUGAGUCUGUACGAGUGUGUGUAUGAGUGUGUGUGCAUGCCAGGCAGGUGUUUGGUAGUUCAGUGUCUGUUCUCCAGGACAAGUGAAGGGACUUGCCACUCACGCUUGCCCUGCCCUCCUCUCCUCUCCCACAACUGGCCAAAAUACACUUAAGACUUGACGGGGGGCAGUGUUGUAUUCCUAAUGUUGCCAACAUGCAGGACAUUUAUUAUUAUUACGUGUGUAAACAUACUGAACAUUUUCCUACAUUUUGAAGAGGGUCUUGACAUUGUUCCAACAUAGAAGUUUGAAGCAGGACAUGUUUAGGACAAUGACCUGACAUUGAAGCAAGAUGAACUACAUUUCUGAUAAAACAUGAAGAACUCAGCAGUGAGUCCAUGUCCAUCUCUAGAGAGUGAGACUUGUUGUGUUGUAGCUUGCUAGCUAACCUAGCGUGAAAGGUUCUGAAGAGUUCUUGGAACAGUGCCACGUUGGUGUGAGUAUUACCUUGAUACUGCCACCCUGUUGAUCUACCUGAAGUUCGUGUUGCCAAGGCCAGCCCAUAGUUCAUCCAACACUCUCACAGACUCACUACUAAAGUGCAAUUUGAUCAAAUUAUAGUCUGAAGUCUUUUACUUUUGUGCUCCUCCACGUUGGUGAAAGUAUUGUGUACCCUAAUGGUGACAGCCAUUUCGAACAUCCUACAAUUACUGUAAAACCCCCGAUAUCUUUCCUCACAUUUAGCCACUUAUGUAGGCCUACUUUUAGAUUUGUGGAGGCCCAUGUUCGCUGGCAAUAGAGUGCUUAUGUAUGCAGUACAUAUAGUCCACAGGUCAUGAAUGGAGACAACGAAGCGCUGUGCAUGCACCACAGUAGUUGGAAGUGAUGUAGCUCUACUUAGGUAACUGGCGGUGUGUUCGUCCAGACCGGGCAGCCUGUGGACUCGAGGCCCGUCGUGUUCCCCCGUAGCCCCUGUCUCCCCAGAAUGUUACACCAAGCAGACCAGGAAAUCAAGGUGCAAUCGAAGCCAAGUUUACAUUUACAUGGUGGUGAGCAGUGGUCCUGGAACAGUGUGAGGAACCCAGAGAUUAGGGUGGAGGUUGCUUUUGUCUUUGCCUGACAAACCCUUUCGGAUUAAGAGUGUUUAAGCAGACAGGUGGAGAGUGAAGGGGCUGAGGUCAGCUGGUUAUCUCCCCCUCCACCUUGAACGACAUUGUGAUUUUUACUCGGUGCCAGAAAGAAACAGUUAGAGUUAGUUUUAUCGGCAUUUCAACAUUGAUUUUACAAGCAAUGACGUGAAGUGUACUACGCAGUGUCACCGGUCUUGAAUUGGUUGACUUUUUGGGAAUUCAGAAUAAGUGGCUGUGGGCUUUUAUUGACGAAGAGGUAUAGAAGAGGAGUGAGACGACAGCCAGAAUCUCAGCUGUCGUCCACGUGCUGGUUUUCCUCCUGUACAGAGUCUGUCUGUGGGAUGUUUCACUACCUCUCAUGUUGGUUAUUUAUUUCACUUCAUAGUCGUCAAAUGUACUCGUUGUUUUUAGAUCUACUUGAAGCCUAACACUGUAAACAAAAAUGUGCACAGAAAUAUAUAUGUACCGAGAGGGUGGAGCGAGAUUAGCCAAUUUGUUUUCUUUGUUUUUUUUAGUUUGUUUGUUUAAUUGUAUUCAGCUGAACUAGAUUUUUAGAUCUAUAUAAAUAAUUCAGGAAAUACACUGUCUAAGGGCUAAUCCAUUUUGCCUAUGCAAAUCUGUUACUGUGGAGAUGAGGGGAAGGGCCAAGCUGAGGUACCUUUCAGAUGGAGUAGAUGGAACAAGGUUUACAUUGCCCUCUGCUGAUAGUCUUCAAUCUUAUUCAGCAAAAAUGUACGCUUAUAUAUUUGUUUCUAUAUAAAUAUUAUAACUAGUAAUAUACAGAGAAAAUAGUAUAUAUAUAUAUAUAUAUAUAUGCCUUGGUUAUGAAAAAAGACACCUUCAUGAAAAACAAAUAAAUUUGUUGUUGUUUCUGACCUGUGUUCUGAGAUCUGGGCUGAACGACUCAUGACUGGAAGAUGUACCUGAAUAUACCUAAAGACCACAACCCAUCCUUCACACGCCUGCCCAUGCACAAACACAUGACUACCCAAUGACUGGAAUACACACCUGCUUACGACCCAGACACAUCUAACUACAUUCAAGACAUGCUUGGAUAUCCACUGACUGGAGGAUGAGCCUCAUGACUGCUAUAGCAUCCAACCUAUCAGCUCCAUUUCCUGACAUACUUCAAAACCCACUGUUUCCCCUCAGUCCCAGGAGCUUGUGCGUGUGAUAAAAGCCACCUGAUGUUAUCAUUGAUAUUCGUAUUCUGCAAUGCUAUUGUCCAUUUCAGGUUCAAAACCAUAAUGAUAAUCAGUGGUGCUUACAGUGGCGUUUGUUCUGGAGUGUUGAAGGGCUAUUUCAGACGUGAAAGCCUAGCGGAGAUGUUGAAAACACCAGUCGCAAGCAGAGAUAUCUACCUCUUGGUUGCCAGAUCCUGUGAAAGCCCUCUAUCUGGCAUAUUAUAAUGUGUUUUAAACACGUUCAUAAAACACCACAGAGACAACUGUUGAUAGAGUCAGGGUGACAGGAGACAGGUGAUCAUGGUAAUGGAGCAGGUUUGUCCUCCACAACGCUGAUGACAUGCAGUAGAUUUUGAUGGAAGUGAUUGGAUGGAUCUCCAUACAGACUAUAUAUGUACAAUAAUUAUAGAGGGAAAUUGGAAUGUCAGAGUUCCCCUCGAUUUUUCAUCAUACCAUUUUUUCCUCAUGGCCAUAAUAUGGUGUACUAUAAAUGUAAAAUACAUCACUGUUUAAAAACAUGCCAAUGUAGCUACAUUCAAUCAGACUGACCUUGCCGUAAUUUCCGUGUGAACUUUUCUCUUGUCAUCACAUGAGGUUGAUGAAUCAUUGUUAUAUGAAAUUGCAUGGUAAUGUCAGGGAGACAGCUCUUCUGUGUCUCUUAGCUAACCCUCAAGUGCUGGAGCAGGCCAGGACCAACCCUAACCCUAACCCAGAGGCUAUAGACACCAAAGCCUGAAUCUUAACGGGUCCAUUUGAAACGUAUGGCACGACUACAAGGACCCUUAUUUCGUCGUGUUACUUCUGUGAGAGGGCACCAUUACAGCUGUGUCUUGUUCUAAGAUAGCGUUCAUUUUGUACAGGUAUUUGGUUGAAGAGUUUUCUUCAAUGCACACAACUGACAAGGCAAUCACACUCUGUUUAUUGAUUUCGAUGCCUGGACCUCCUAUCUCCCCCUGUCUCCAUGGAGAUUAUUUACGGCCUAUCCCAAGACAAAACAACUCUUUUAAAGUCACUUGAGUGAUUGAAAGUGAUAUUUUUUAUUCAGCAUGCUUUUGCUAAAUGAAAUAAUAAUUCAGUUAUUUACCAUAAACAAUACUGUAUAAGUAUAUAUUAAAGUACUGCAGUAUGCAGACAAUUAGUAAUGUUGGAACCCUUUUGAGAGGUUUAUAUUUUACUUCUAGUAUGUUUCACUAAUAUAUACAAUAUGAAUAUUGAAUUCUUUUUGAGUGUGUUCUUAUAGAUUGCCUGAAUGACUGAAACCCUCUUUAUAUUAAUGAGAAUAGGUCAUAGUUGAUCACUUCAGACAGAAUGACAGAAUUUAGUUGCAUGAUUUUACUGAGUAACCUUUAACAACCUAAAGGCCAUUUUAAGUGUUUGAAAUCUAUGACUUCAACUGUCUAGACGGCAUCCAGAAAGGUUGUUGCACAACAACUUCUGGUGACUAUGAACAUUUAUUUCUGUUUAUCAAGACAAGGGUCUAGAAUGAGUCUAUUAAAGUCCAUGUAACUGAUCUAGCUGUAUGAUAUGAUGUAACUUUUUAUGAGCUGCUAAAUGAUCUUGCCAUGGAAUAGUAAUCAAGGUAAACAUGAGAUUAUGUAAAUAUCACUUAGGGCUUUACAUAUUCAUGAUUGAGUAUGUUCAUUGACCAGAUACAUUUUCAAGCUCCAAACUGACCUAUAAAUGAGUGACUGACAGUUUGUUCACCAUCUUUAGAGACUCGACUUUACUCCAGAAUGGUUGUGUUGCCUCCUGAGAACAUUAAUCUUCAGCAGAACAGAUCGAUCCUCUCCAGCGAACCUUCUGUUUUCAUAGAAUGGCCCUAGGCUCUUUAGAGAAUGUUCUAUUCAAUAGAACAGAUAUAUCAUCUCUUGAGAAUGUUCUCUUCAAUUGAGCGCUUCUGUCCUUUUCUACGAGGUGGGACAUGUCCCAGUAGACAUGUUGAGAGAGACCCCUGGUCGUUGUCGCUUUUACAGAAGUGAAACCACUAAAACUCCUGCAAUAGGGUGCAGAGUUGCCAAA